AUGCAGUCGCUGCCCGAGUCGCGCCAGCAGUCCUUUGAGGAGCUGUACGGCCCCCCGGAGAACUUCCUCGAGAUAGAGGUCCGCAACCCCAUGACCCACGGUGUUGGCCGCGGCAUGUACACCACCUACGAGAUUGUCAUGCGCACCAACAUCCCCGCCUUCAAGCUGAAGAGCUCGUCGGUGCGACGGCGGUACAGCGAGUUUGAGGCCUUCCGAGAUAUACUGGAGCGCGAGAGUGCGCGCGUCACGAUACCGCCGCUGCCGGGGAAGGUGCUGACGAACCGGUUCUCGGACGAUGUGAUUGAGCACAGGAGGGAGGGGCUGCAGCGGUUUCUGCAGAUUGUAGUCGGGCACCCGUUGCUGCAGACGGGGAGCAAGGUGCUGGCGGCGUUUGUACAGGAUCCGAACUGGGACCGCCACGCAUGGUAG